AUGAAGACUCACCCAUACUGCAGCAAAAGCUGCGCCAUCAUGAGCCAGAAAUCCCUGGUCAGUUCUGUCAAUGGCGCAAUUAGGAGUCUGGGUGAUUGCGAUUUUUGCCAUGCACGACCCAAAAAUGUUGUAGGGGAUCGUAUUCACGACUUCUGUAGCAAGACAUGUGCUAGAAGUGCCGAGCAGAAAUCCGCUAGGUUAGGUGUCAGUACCAGGAAGGCUACAUGUCAAGCACCAGGAUGCCAGGCGCCCGUGUAUGUGGAUAAAGGUGGCCAACAUAGCAAUUAUUGCUCAAUAUCUCAUAAGAUCCUCAAAGAAACGCUAUGCCUCUUGUGCCUUGAGGAACCUACGAUAUUGAAGUCGAAUUUUUGUUCUUGGCGGUGCAAAAAUCAUGCAGAAGAAAGGGGGCCUAUGCUUCUAGAAGUUCCUUUGGGUCAUAAAACCUUCCAGAGCAUUGCCGAUCAGUUCAAAUAG